AUGAUUGAACGUCAUAAAGAGAACAUCCAGCCAAUGGUAGGUGGUCGUUCAGCUUCUGGACUUUUAGAGCUGUUGAACAGACCUCGAAGUUCGCCGAUGAAUGACAAGGAAAGAAAUAAAUUCGAGACCCAAAUAUCCCAGUUAGAUGAACUAGAUGAUCCUUUACAAGUAUUCUUAGACUAUAUAAACUGGACUCAUAAUGCUUUUCCUAUGGGCAACAACGUAGAGAGUGGAUUGGUGAAUCUACUAGAGAGAUGUACAAGCUAUUUCAAAGAUCAUGAGCAUUAUAAGAACGAUUCAAGAUAUUUAAAGACCUGGUUAGAGUAUGCCAAUUACUCAGAUUCUCCCAUUGAAGUAUUUGUUUACCUUGCUAAGAAAGAGAUAGGGAGAGAAUUGGCGUUAUUUUAUGAAGAAUUUGGGAAAUUGUUGGAAGUCAAUCACAAGUUUACCGAUGCCAAAGAAAUAUAUGAAUAUGGUAUUGAACACAAUGCAAGACCAAUAAACAGAUUGUUAAGAUCAUUCAAGGACUUUCAAUCGAGAGUGACGUAUAACAAUGACAAGUCUGAAGGGUUGAAGAGAGUUUUGACCUUGAAAAGAGGUAAUGUUCCUGAUUCUGCUCCAACUACAGUGAAGAAAUCCAAAUUCAAUGUUUUGGUGGACGACAGUGAAAUGAGCUUCGGAAAAAAUAUCUUCAAAGAUGCAGAUUCCAAAGAGAUUGGAUCCAUCAAUUUGCGUAAGAAAGAGAAUGUGUUUAAUGCCAAACCAUGGCAGGGAGAAGUUCUAGCUCAAAGAUCAUCUCUGAGAGAAAGUGGAAGUCAAAAGGUUCAAGUUUAUAGGGAUGUAGAAGUUGUUUCUGUCCAACCUACGACAACUCAUGAAGAAGUUAAUGGUAAGAUUAUCACUGUUGUGAGUAAACCAGGAAAAGCUACUGACAAAGUGAUGGUAAAUACUCAACUUUUGUAUGGAAACGAGGAAAUAUCAAUGAUGGAAUUACUUGCUAAGAACAGGAGGUUGAGACCAAAGAAUCUAGACAUAAAGGAACCACCUAUUGUUGAGUCCACACAAGAAUUCAAAUCUCGACCUUUAACUCCAAUUAAACGAGAAUAUGAAGAAUCCAAUACAUUUGUCAUACCUUUGAAGGACGAAGAGCUGAGAGUUUUGAGAUCUCCUACAAUGACAUUUUACUCAAAAAUUGCUAACAACGAAGUGUUGGGUAUGUUCAAUGGUGCUUAUGAUGUCAAAGAUGAAGAUGCAAUUUCAGAGGCCAACUCAACAAAUUAUGAUGGGUUUGUCACAGAAACAUUCAAUAAACCUAUAGAUGUUAAGGUGACUCCUCCAACUCAAGAGCCUUCGAAUUCUAGCUCUCCAUUUAUAGAAAGACCCGAUGAUAUAAUCAAUGUUGUAGAUCCACUUGAUGAAAACCUUCGUGAAAGUCUUCUCAAUAGUUUAACCCCAUCCUUAGAAAGUUAUCCGGGAUACAAUAAUACCAAAACACAGUUUAUAGAAGCUAUAAGGAGGUUCAGAUCCAUCACAGACUCCAGAACCAAGGUGAUUCAGAAAAGUAGUUCAGCCAUAGUUAAUUUCUGUGGAGAUGAAAUUUAUUCCUUAAAAUGUGAAUUAGGUCAAGGUGGUUUUGGAUAUGUUUACCUUAUUGAGAACGAAUUAGGAAACUUCAAGGCUUUGAAAGCUGAGACCAAAUCCUCCAAUUGGGAAUUCUAUAUUUUGAAUCAAAUCCAUCAAAGGUUAUCCACUGAUGAAAUAACCACUAAAAUCAUCAAACCUGAAUCUUUAUAUAUGUACCAAGAUGAAAGUUUCCUCAUAUUGAAAUAUCUUAGUCAAGGAACUUUAUUGGAUAUUGUUAAUUACUAUCGUAACCAGGGUAAAGGAGUAGACGAAGAAUUAUGUAUCUUCUUCACGGUUGAGUUAUUAGAAAUUAUAGAAAAGUUACAUACCAUCGGAAUAAUCCAUGGAGAUUUAAAGGCCGAUAAUUGCAUGAUAGAUUUCAAAACUGAUGAUCAUAGGGACAAUAAAAUGAUCUUAAUCGAUUUCGGACGAUCAAUAGAUUUAUUCUUAUUCCCAGAAGGUACACAAUUCACCAAUACCUGGGAAGCCGAUCAACAAGAUUGUCCGCAAAUGAAUAAUAACCAAUCAUGGUCAUUUGAAGCAGAUUAUUACGGGAUUGCUGCUAUCAUUCAUACCUUACUAUUCGGUAAAUAUAUCGAAAUCGAAACUUUGAAGAGUGGGAAAAACAAAUUGAAAGAGAACUUCAAAAGAUACUGGAAGAGUGAAUGGAUAGGAUUAUUCGAUAUCCUUAUAAAUCCUUAUUACAAUGUCAAUGAAAAAUUCCCAUUGAUUGAUGAAUUAAAAUAUCAAAGACAAAAAUUUCAAGGGUUAUUACAAGGAUGUAAGGAAUUACCCCGUAUAACCAGCGAAAUAGCUUUUGAGAUGAACAAAAAGUUUAAAUCGAAACAUAAUUAG